AUGUGCGACAGCACGUCAAUGAGGCUUGAAACAGCUACACAGGAGAGAUCAAGGGUUGAAAAACGCAGUUUGAAUAGGGCCUACAGGCGCUCACUUCAUCAAGGAGUGGCAUGGUACAAGGGUAAGCAAUAUGUUCCAGCAGAGUUUGAGAGGAUGGGAUGCGCUCACACCUCACCUCCUGACCUCACCAAAGCUCUCUCCACCCACUUGCAACGAGACUGGCAGCGAUGCAACCAUCAUCAUGCUGCCAAACGACGUUUGACAGUUUGGCAAUGGAACUGUGGCGGCAUUUCUGCUGCCAGGCUGGACGAAGUGAAGGCCUGGCUUGUUUUGAACCACGUGACCAUCGCAGUCUUGGUGGAGACCAGGUUGACCUACGAUGCCUUUUGGACCGAUCCACAUUGGCAUUGCUUGCACACAGGCGAGGGACCACAUAGGGGCAAAGGGAUCAUGAUACUUAUUUCUACAUCUCUCUGCACAGCGGCUGACAUCAGCUGGCAGUUCCCUGAUAGUGGAAGACUUGCACAUGUGCGGUUGACUGGCCCAACGAGACCUAUUGAUAUUGUUGCAUGUUACCAACACACCUUUCAGGCCAACACAGCCUGCCACAAGGCUCGCUCACAGUGGUGGACUCAGCUUGAACAAGUAUUGACGGGCAUCCCAAACAGGCACAAUCUGAUACUUCUUGGGGAUUUUAACUGUUCUGUUGAUGCCUCCCCCAACAAUACAGGUACCCAGGUGUUUGCAUGGCAUGGCCAGAACAUUACCGGACCUGCUCACCCUGACCAAUUUAGAUUCUUACAACUCUUGCGUCAGUUUUCUUUGGUGGUGCUCAAUUCUUGGUCGGCCACAUUAGGUCCAACGUAUGUGCAUGGACAGAAGGCCAGCAGAAUUGACCACAUUUGCGUGCGCCAAAUGUACGCUGAUGGGGAGGCCCGCAAUGUCAGCUAUUUGUGGCAAUCUCCCUUCCUUGAGCAAACAGAUGUGGGACAUGUACCGAUGAUGUGCACCAUUGCCAAGUACUGGAUUCCUGCUUUUGAACGCCACAAGAUUCAGACAGUUACCAUGCAACAGAGACGCGAGAGUCGACAGGCCUAUGUGGAUCAAACUCCCACCUGGCAGAGAUUCACGCAGCAGACCCAGCAUGCUAUUACGCAACACCUUGCAACUGCCACACAUGAUGCCGACAGUGUGAUGGACCACAUGCACCAGACAGUCAUGGAGACCUUUUGCACUCAUUUUCCCAAAGGACAACAGCCGCGCUCGACUCCACCUUGGAUGACGGCUCUGCCAACCAUCCUCAACAAGUGGGAGCAUAGGCGACGCAUGCAGAGCAAAGACCGACAUGGUGAACACUUGAAAAUCAUGGUGCCAGGGCGUCCUGACGUCUGCAUCCCAAUUCAGAAGAACACCAAAUAUUUGGGCGUGAUCAUCUCAUAUCAACAGUUUGAAGAUGCCAGCCUACAACACAGGAUGAGUCUUAUGCAUGUUGGCUUCAGAAGAUUGCAGCGGACGCAUCAAGAUCAACAUGCACAACUUUUGACACAUGAUGUGACACAUUCAAUUCAUUGGCAUCAUUUACCUGACCUCAUGACCCAACUUCAACAUUUGCAGGCCACUGCUACUUUGGAGACAUCCUUGCCUCUGAACUUGGAGGCAGGCACCUCCUUCUUUCAGUGCGCCAAGUGUGAUUUCUGCACCAUGGAUGUCAGUGCCUUCAGACGCCAUUGUACGACUGCCCAUGGACAUGCCAUGUACCGCACACACCAUGUGGAUCCAGCUGCCCAUGCUGAUAAUGGAUUGCCCACAUGCAAACAUUGCUCCAAAGCCUUCACCACAUGGCGGGGUUUCAGAACACACAUAGAACGUGGAUGCCAGGCCUUGCUGCUUGGACCUGCACCUUACGGAGCUGACACAGAUCCACUGAGAGCACAUCUAGGCACCUUACGACCAAUGAACUCACAGGCUGCUGACGCAGCUGCGCGUGGCCUGAGACUGAUCACUGCAGAUGAAUUGCACAAUCUCAAGCAGCAGGACUUUGGCCCCAGACUGCUACACCUGAUUGCGGAAAGGAAUUGGGAACAACUGGCAACUGACCAGGCGGCUUGCCGAUAUCUUUCCAGCCGCUGCGUGAUCUGUUCAUUUCAGUUCUCAAGAUGCCAGGAACUUCAUCAACACUUUCGGCUGCAGCACCCAGAACUAUGGGAGCACGCUCCCCAGAAGGCGAUUCAGCUCACGAACAUUUACAGUGAUGAGCCACCAUGUGGAUGUUGCGGUGCGUUGUUUCGCACACAUUCCUGUCCCACCUGGUCACAGAUUGCUGUCUUGCUGGUGAAUGGAGCGGGACUGGACGCAGUGGACCUAACACCAUUGACUGAGGAACGACACCGUUGUGAACUCUGUCUUAUCUGGUUUUGCACUACAGCUGCAUUGGUCCAACACCUUCAGGCUUCACAUGGACUGCAGGGGCUGAGUUUUGUUGAAAGUCGUGACGCUCUUGACAACACCACAGCAUGCGCACAUUGUGGACUUUUGUUUCAGUCGAUGUCUGGCUUGAAGUCCCACAUAGUGCAGGGCAGAUGUGAGCACUUCAAUCCCAACGCUUCAGCAGAGACGAUGGAGAUCGAUGAGCUUUGGCGCCAGGCAUGUUUGGAGGGCAAAUUGAUGGAGGUCCUUGCACCACCACACAACAGAAUGAGACUGACCAUCGUAUGCCAGGCUUGUGGCAAGGGUUGCAAGAGGGCAGCAGACCUUUCACUCCAUCUCCAAACCUCACACGCCAGGCUCUGGCGCCAAUCAGAAAGACUUACGAUGAUUUUGGUUGAUGCCCUGUAUCAACAACGUUGCUAUUGCAACCCACAGGUUGGCACCAAACGUGGCUCACAUGUAUGCCUGCCCUUCAGGCAGAUUGCCAUGAGCUACCACCGCAUGGGAACAGAGAUCUUUGCACCUACGGUGAUCACAGACAACACGCUGAAGGACGUGCUUUCUGACAAGCUCCCCAGAGAAAUCAAAUACAGACUUGAACAGGCGUUGGUGCACAGAAGCUUUGCAAAUGUUUGGCAGGACCCUGCUAUCCUACAGAUGCUACGAGGCCAAUGCAUCUUCUGCGGUGACUUCCUUGCCACCUCAGAUUUGGCGCUCCACCUGCGCGAGGAGCACAACUGCAGACAUGAGAUGUUUUUAUUCUACAUGGAACAGUUUUUGCCUGUGAUGCAUGCCCUGUCACCUGAGGGAUACCAAUGCCCUUUGUGCCUUUUGAUUUUCAACUUGCCAGCUGAAUUGCGACCAGAUGAAACCCUCGCUGCGUUCCAGCAUCUGGCUCCCCUGUUCCAGGUGAAGGACAAGGACCUGACGCUGCAAGCCAAUCCACGGAAAGCCAAGUCCAGACGCAAAGAAGAGCCAAACAGCCAAGACUCGAAAGAGGACGUGGACAUGCCAAACGUCAGCACAGCACCGACAAUGCAGCUGCUUCGCACGCUGACACAACUGGUGGUGCGUCACGAUCAAGAGUUGCAGGAUUUGAGAAAGAUGGAUCAAUUCAUUCUUUUUUUGAAUCCAGAACCAACAGGUGCGCUUCACAUCCUGCUUCAGGAGUCAGCCCAAUGGAAGAAAUCCAUGGAGGAGGGGUCUACAUCAUUGAAGAUGCCACUCCGGCAACACCUCAUGAAGGCGCUGCUGAACGCCAUGAUGACCCGAGCAGGCCAGAUUGUGGAGAGCAAGGACACGGAGGGCCUCUUCACGACAUCACUGCAGAAGGGAGUGAUCCUGGCAGAUCGCAGCUUCCCUUUUCAUCGAUGGGACCCAGCCUCCAAACAGCUGACCAUAGACAAGAAGCAGCCAGUCAGUGCAGCCAAGAUGAAGCAGCACUUGGAGGAACUAUUGGAGAUGCUGACCGACCCAGCCAUGGUGAUCAGAUUUCAUGCACUGAGCCAGAGCAAAGACCAGAACUCCAAGGCGGUGCCCUGGAGACUCCAGAUCAAUAUGAGAACCAACAGGCCGGGGCAAGGGGCUGAAGGGGCUGAAGGGCACACCAGCCAAACAAGAGAGCUGAGUCCUGCGCUCAUGGCAGACAUGACCAAGAAUCUGAGCAUCAUGUGCAUGGCCAAUGACAGGAACUGGUGCUACGGCAACAGCACUGCCUACUCAUUCCUGUGGACACUCUUGUGCCUCAAUUGCCAUGAGACUUCUCUUUGGGGUUGGCAAUCUUCUGCGCUGAUUGAUUUCAUCCAGCAUCAUUCGACGCCUGUAGUGCUGAAGAAUAUCGAUUGGUUUAAGCAGAUUUUGCUUGAUUGGGGCAUUUCCCAAACUCAGCAGGACAGUGCAGAAUGUGCGCAGCACCUGCUGAAUUGGCUUCAACCGCAAGCUUUUGACAUGCGUUGGGAAAGAAGAUUGGACACGGAGCAUGGCUUACAUGUGUUUGACCAUAGCACCUCACAUACUCCAAUUUUGCUGCCAUUUGCACGAGAACAUCAUGUUUGCGGCACUUGCAAGUUGACAGAUUUGAUCGUGACCUGGAUGCAGGAGCAAUCCAUGUGCACAGCGCUCGUGACUGCGCCCCCCUGCAUCUGCCUGACCAUUGAUCGAUUUCAUCAAACAGGCUGUGGCACCAUUGAACGCAAUGUCAGUGCCAUUGAUUUGGAGGCAGAGGUUGAGAUUCCUGUCUUUACAACUGGAUUGGAAUGCGACAUGCUAGGAUACAUUGUGGUAGCUGCCAUUGCACAUUUAGGCCAAGACAGAUCAGGGCACUGCCGAGCUCUGUUGAAGAUCCAACCAGGGGUCACCACUGCAGCUCAGCCGAUUGCCUGGCUGUUGACAGACGAUGAACAAAAGCCGGCCCCUGUCUGGCAGAUUCCAGCAUGGUUCCAGACACAUGCGACAGUGGUUUGGGCCGUCAGAACUGACUGCCUUAGGCUGCCCUUGUAUCAACCAGAGAAUGGCACUUCCUCUGAGCCCAGCAACACCAAUGAUGCAUCACAUGUGGAUCCUGUGACGGCACCUGAGACAGCCCUGAUUCAUUUGCUCCAAGCCCAACCGGGUGUUGGCACAGAAGAGUGA